GUUUAAAAGUGUAUAUAUAAAUACCCAGCCACCACUAUCCUUCUCUUUCCCUCUGUGUCAACCCUAAGCUUGACAGCUUCAUUGGAGACCGAGAAGAAGCUUGAAAUCUCUCUGCCAAAGCAAAAUGGGUAUUUCUCGUGAUUCUAUGCACAAGAGACGUGCCACUGGAGGCAAGAAGAAGGCUUGGAGGAAGAAGAGAAAGUAUGAGCUUGGAAGGCAACCUGCUAACACCAAGCUAUCAAGCAACAAGACAGUUAGGAGGGUUAGGGUUAGAGGUGGAAAUGUCAAGUGGCGAGCCUUGAGGCUCGACACAGGAAACUACUCAUGGGGAAGUGAGGCAGUGACUCGUAAAACUAGAAUUCUGGAUGUGGUGUACAAUGCCUCUAACAAUGAGUUGGUCCGUACUCAAACUCUGGUGAAGAGUGCUAUUGUUCAGGUUGAUGCUGCUCCAUUCAAGCAGUGGUAUCUCCAGCACUAUGGUCUUGACAUUGGUAGAAAGAAGAAGGCUGCAGCUUCAGCGAAAAAAGAAACAGAGGAAGGUGAGGCUCCAGCUACUACUGAAGAGGCAAAGAAGAGCAGCCAUGUUGUAAGAAAGCUGGAGAAGCGUCAAAAGGAACGCAAGCUUGACUCACAUAUUGAAGAGCAAUUUGGUGGUGGUCGUUUGUUAGCUUGCAUCUCAUCACGACCUGGUCAGUGUGGUCGUGCUGAUGGAUAUAUUUUGGAAGGCCGAGAGCUUGAGUUCUAUAUGAAGAAACUUCAGAGGAAAAAGGGCAAGGGAGCUGCUGCUUAAAAUUUUGUUUACUGAACUUCAUGAUCAAUUUUCCUUUCACCUUUGUUUUCUAUUUAAGAUAAUGUUGAACUUGUUAUUAAAGUUGUUUCUGAAACCUGUUAUUGUUUAAUAUUUAUUUUUGGAUACUAUCAGUUUUUGCUAGAGUUAAUGGCACUCGAGUUGUCUUUAAUAUG